GUGAACUCCUUCCAAUGGUCACAAGCGUCGGUGAGUUUUUCACAGAUGUCACCGAUGUCAUCCAGGGUGACGACGAAAAAGUUGACGGACUCACGUGGCGUUUGUGGAAUGCGAUUGAGUGGUCCAUGGCUGGCGCGUUGAUUUUCUUGCUGUUGUCUCUGCUCUUGGCCUGGGGUCGACGUCAACAGAGGUCCUUCACGUGGGUACCGCCGCAGCCGCAGAUGCUCAGUUGA